GUAUGGGACCUGCCAGCGCCAGCUAACCCCAGUCCUCUCCCGGGCAAACAGCGAGGACCGUCAAGUCAAGCGGGUGGUUCGCCCUCGAACCUGUAGUGAAGAUGAGCGACGAGAAAGACGUCAACUCCAACGAUGGCCACCGCAGCCACGAUGAGGGCGCGCUGGAUCUCCCCCCCGACCCGGAUGCCCACCUCAGCGAAGCCGAGAGGGCGGAUAUCGUAAGUGCCCGCUCCGGUCCGUCCGUCCCGUUGCUCGCCGAGAGAUGCGUGCUAUGCUAUACGAUGCAGGACCGCAAACUCCUUUGGCGCCUUGACUUGAAGCUUCUUCCAUGGCUAUGCUUCCUAUACCUGCUGGCCUUUUUGGACCGCACGAAUAUUGGCAACGCCAAAAUUGCUGGCCUCUCGCAGUCACUCCAUCUCACCACUUCAAGCUACAAUGCCACUCUCUCUAUAUUUUUCGUCUCGUACGCCGUGUUUGAGCCUCUGACGAACAUCCUCCUCAAGAAGUUAAGACCGUCCAUCUUUAUCCCCAUCAUCAUGGCUCUGUGGGGCUGUAGCAUGCUGGGCAUGGGUUUCGUCUACAACUGGUCUGGCCUCAUGUCGGCCAGAUGGUUUCUAGGCCUCACCGAAGCCGGCCUCUUCCCUGGCGUCAACUACUACCUGUCGUGCUGGUACAAGCGCUCCGAGUUCGGCGUCCGUGCCGCCAUCUUCUUCUCGGCCGCCGCGCUGUCGGGAUCAUUUGGAGGGCUGCUGGCCGCCGCGAUCGAGAAAAUGGACGGUAUCGGCGGGAGGCCGGGGUGGGCCUGGAUAUUUAUUCUCGAGGGGCUGCUGACGGUGAUGGUGGGGCUUGUGUCCUUCUGGAUGGUUCACGACUUCCCAGACGAGGCGGCGUUCCUGUCGGACCAGGACCGGGCGCGUGUGCUGCGGCGGCUGAAGAUGGACCAGCAGUCAUCGGCAGAGCAUGAAUCGUUCAAGAUGGCGUACUUUUGGUCCGCGCUGAGGGACUGGAAGAUGUGGCUCGGCAUGCUCAUCUACAUGGGCUGCGACAUGCCUCUCUACGCCUUCUCGCUGUUCCUGCCCACCAUCAUCAACGACCUGGGCUGGAAUUCAAGCGUAAUUCGCGCCCAGCUCAUGUCGGUUCCGCCAUACGCCGCGGCCGCCAUCUUCACCGUCGUCAUCGGUUUCAUCGCCGACCGGACGCACCAGCGUGGCCUCUGCAACAUCAUCGUGUCCCUGUUCGGCGUCGUAGGCUUUGCCCUACUGCUCGGCUCCGACAACGCAGCCGUCCAGUACGUAGGAGUCUUCCUCGGCGCGCUGGGCAUCUACCCAUGUAUCGCCAACACCAUCAGCUGGAUGGCCAACAACAUCGAGGGCGUCUACAAGCGCGGUGUCGUGCUGGGCUUCGUCAUCGGCUGGGGCAAUCUCAGCGGCGUGAUCAGCAGCAACAUUUACUUCAACGGCCCGCGCUUCCCCGAGGGCCACGGCGUCGUCAUGGGCUUCAUGGCCGUGUUCCUGUUUGGCGGCUCCUGCCUCAUGACAAUGCUGCUCCGCCGUGAGAACGCCAAGCGCCGCCGCGGCGAGCGCGACCAUUGGGUCACGGGCCUCGGCGACAAGGAGAUUGAGAUGCUGGGCGAUCGCCGGCCAGACUUCCUAUACACUCUUUAGAUAGUGCCUCUUAUCUCUUCUCUGUUCUCUGCACGCCUGGUUCUACCCGCCUUAUUCUAGUUCAUAUUCUUUUCGUGUUUUGCCUCCUUUUUAUUUUC